AUGAAGCUCGUCACCUCAAGUGCUCUCGGCCUGGCCGCUCUUUCUGCUCUGAUUGAGCAGGCAACAGCAGUCAACACCUGGGAAGUCGCCUUCUGGCAAAGCAUUUCAUGCACCUCCGAGGGCGUUGGCACCCAGUCCGGCCCUUCCAGCCCAAAGGCGGGAAGCGUUUGCAAGAAUAUUCCUGACCCUGGCUACACAGCAUCUUUGAAUUUCUUGGUCGGCCAAAACCAGGGCUACAGUUACUACUUGGAGCUGUACGAGGGCGACAACUGCGGUGGUAGUGACCUUGGCACUUACGAUGGCAACCCAGGUGGCACUAUCUGCAUCGAGACGGGGUCGAGGGCCCACUCUUAUAAGGUCACUACCAAGAAGGGCACCAAGCGGGAUGUGGAAUCUACCUCAAUCUCAUACGCAAUCGACUCCGAGAGUGACAUCCAGGCACGAGGCAUUACAACCGCCCUCGACUCCCCCCAGAAGCGAGCCACCUACUCCCUAGGCUGGCUGCAGCUUGGCGUGGGCAGUACCGCUGCCUGGGUAUACAUGGCCGCUGGCAAAUGUCCAGCGACUGCCAAGGAAGAGGACGUCAACAAAACCCAGUGCGGUCUCGCGGCCACAUACGCCGUUAUCGCCGGUUUCUUCACCGUUUUCCAGAUCCAGGGACUCCUCCGCCACGGAGCUCCAGACGCUCGUCGUAUCAAGGGCCGUAUGCCAGCAGACAUUGACGAGAUUCUCGGUCUCCCCAAGGCCAACCAUACUCUCGUCGACGGUCUGAACGUUACCAUGAGCACCCUGGAGCCACACAUGGAUGAGGCUGGCGAGCUGUGGCACUACUACAGCUGGAACGCUCUCGAGCUCGACAGCGGCAAGACCUUGCAGGCCACUGUCCGCCUCCACCCGGAUGGUCGUUCGCAGACAGUCUCUGCAGCGGAGGAUGCCGACCAGAAUGUUUCGAAGCGUGACACCACCAACGCUUACUACUCAUGGGUGAACGGUAACAAGGCCAACUUCAACAGUGCCAGCCACGGCACCAGCGCUGUCAAGCAGGCCACAGCCUCCAUCUGGAACUAUGGCAAGAGCAAGAACGUGGCUGAGCACUGUGUUAACUUUGAGGACUACAACACUAGCCCAACCAAGUACAUCGACCACGGCUCAUUCGCCAUCGUUGCUGGUACUUUCACUGAUCAGUCUGGAACCUGCUAA